AUGGCAAAAACCAACGACACUAAUAAAGCAGGAGAAAGUAGCGCAUAUGGGGUGGAGUCAUUUACACCUUCCGACAUUUGUCGCGUCGGAGUACGUCUGCCCCCGUUUUGGCCAGAAGAACCAGGCGUAUGGUUCGCCCAAAUAGAAGGCAAUUUUGCAUUCUCUGGAAUAAAGGAUGAUGACACCAAAUACCUUUAUGUCAUUUCACAACUGGACCAUCGCUACGCAGCUGAAGUGAAGGACAUUAUCGUGUCACCGCCAGAAAAGGGCAAAUACGAGAAAUUAAAGACCGAACUGAUUAAAAGAUAG